AUGGAUCGCCUUGACAUCGAUAGCGCCCUCCAUGCAGCAGGUAUGGACGCGAUAGACCUCCUACGUGCCUUUUUUCUCCUCGCCGCCGCCACGACCUUCUCCGUCAGUAUCCCGUCCUCCCUGCGCGAUCGCUUCCUCGUCUAUGGCCCGCGUGCGACCUCAACGGCCUCCGGACCCCGCCUUGCUGCUGGGGAUACCUCCGGUCUGCUCGACUACCUCGCGACAUGGCAGGUGCCACACAGCUAUUUCAUCCAGUUCUACAUCGCCUCCGUGCUGUCGUCCAUCUUCUGGGGGUUACAGCUCUUCUUCCGUGGCGGCGUGUUCCAGGCAAUCGCGUCGCGGGUGAGCGAAGAGCACCAGCUGGAGUCGAUGUCCUUAAAUCAAAUCAUGAUCUGCUGGCUGCUCCUAGCCAUGCAGGGAUCUCGACGACUUUGGGAAUGUGUUAUCUUUGCAAAGCCCUCUACAUCGAAGAUGUGGUUCGUACAUUGGGUGCUAGGUCUUGGGUUCUACCUGACCGCUGGGGUGGCCAUCUGGAUUGAGGGUUCGGGAACCAUCCUGACUCGACCUCUCACCGUCGACCACAUCAAGAUCACCAAUGCCCCGAGUGUGCGCACUUUCCUCUGUGUUCCGCUUUUCCUGAUGGCCUCUGGUAUGCAGCACGACUGCCACCACUUCCUCUUCUCCUUGAAGAAGUAUACCCUUCCAGAUCACCCGAUCUUCCGUGGUAUUGUAUGCCCGCACUACGGGGCUGAGUGCGUUAUCUAUAUGUCCCUCGCUGUACUGGCUGCUCCGCCGGGCCAGUGGGUGAAUAAGACCAUGCUGUCUUGUUUGGCCUUUGUGGCAGUCAACCUCGGUCUGACCGCUCGGACGACCAAGCAGUGGUAUAUGCAGAAGUUCGGCAGGGAGGAAGUGCAACGUCGGUGGUUGAUGAUUCCGUACCUUUACUAA